CGUUGCUCCUGCUUAUAAAAUCCCGCCCCGCGCCCCCCAAUUCCUCCACUCAUCGCCGCCACUCUUUGAUCUCUCGUCUCUCUCUCUCCCUUGUUUCUUUUCUUGUUUUUAUUUCUCUGGUCUUACAAUGGGUGCUGAGGACACUGUCGAUCUCGUGUGUGUCACCGGGAGCUGGGAAUUGAUGGGCUCUUCGAUUGUGAAGCUGCUGCUGGAGCGAGGAUACUCUGUUCGCUGUGGAGUCCAUCUAAGCUCAGAGGAGCUUUCCCAGCUCCAAUCUUUGCCAGGAGCCGCGCAAAGGCUCCACCUCGUCUCGGUCGACGUUCUCAAUUACAAGAGCCUCGCAAAGACGAUCCGGGGCUGCUCGGGAGUGAUCCACUCGCCAGCGCCACACGACAUGAAUGGAAUGCGAGACUAUCCGGCCGAUAUGAUCGAGUACGAAAUCAAGGGAGUUCUCAAUGUCGUGGAGGCAUGCGCCAACUCCGAGACCGUGAGGCGCUUGGUUCUUACCUCGUGUCUCUCCACCAUUGUCUACACGCAGGAGGAAACUUCUCUGGACGAGAAGUGCUGGACAAAUCUCGAUUUUUGCAGAGAAAACAAGCUAUGGUCGCCUCUCUCGAAAACGUUGGCCGAGCGCGCUGCCUGGGCUCUCGCCCUCGACAAAGGCCUCGAUAUGGUGGUCUUAAAUCCGGCCACGGUUGUUUCCCGGGAUCCCUCGAUCCAAGGAGUGAGGGAACUCCACCGUGACGAAGUGCUGGCGUACGCUCACGUUGAAGAAGUUGCGUCUGCGCAUCUCGUAGCUCUGGAGAAGCCAAACGCGGUGGGGAGAUACAUAUGCUUUGGAGACAUUGUCACUGGCAGCAAUGUCAAGAAAAGCAAUGAGCAGAUCCUCUCCAACAAGAAACUCUCGGCUCUCGUCUAUUGAUGAUCGGGAGGAUCAGCUCAACAGUAUACAUUUCACAACACUACCACCACCACCACCAUUUAUAAGCUUCUCAACUUAUAGGAGAGUAAAGGCUCUAGAUUGAUAGCAGCUUGAUUGAUAGGAUUGGCGAUCAAGUCGCCCUGUACAUUUCCGUCACCCAAGUUGGAAGUACAAAGAAAUGGCGUUAUUGCUCAAAACAAA